AUGGCUGCUGUUCUGAUUCCCAGUUUCAUCCUCCUUAUGUGUUUCUGGAUCUCCCCUUCUUUGCAGCACAUAAGCGAGGCCGAACCCCUUGUGAGCUUCAAAAACUCGGUGAAGAUAACCAAAGGAGACCUAAACUCAUGGAAAAUAGGAACAGAUCCUUGCGGUGGAAAAUGGUUUGGUAUCUAUUGCCACAAGGGUCAAACAGUCACAGGGAUUCACGUCACACAGCUAGGCCUCUCAGGAACCAUUAUAGUCGAUGACCUAAAGGCUCUCCCAAAUCUUAAGACCGUUAGGCUUGACAACAACCUCCUCUCCGGCCAUCUCCCAAAUUUCUCCAUACUCCGCGGCCUUAAAUCUCUCAUGCUCUCUAACAACAGCUUCUCCGGAGAGAUCCCUGAUGGUUUCUUUAAGGACUUGCCACGGCUCAAGCGGCUGUUUCUUGACCACAACAAGUUCGUGGGAAACAUCCCUUCCUCCAUCAUGCAGCUCCCUGACCUAGAGGAGGUUCACCUGCAAGGUAACAAGUUCACUGGAGAGAUACCUCCACUGAGCGACGUCAACAAGAACAUGAAGAUCCUCGACCUCUCAGGAAACUUACUCGAAGGAGAGGUCCCUGAGAGCAUCCCAAAUAGGAAAAAUCUCACCGCAAACUUUGAAGGGAACGAAGACUUGUGCGGGAAGUCAAUAAACAUUGAAUGUGAAUCUGUUGAGGUAACGCCAUCCGGCCAAAUUACCCUGCCACCGACGACUCGCCCGGAAUCAACCCACGCGAGUGGCAUUGUGUACGCGAUCAUGCUCGCCCUAACGUUUCUUUGCACGUUCUUUAUCGUUGUGGGCGCUAUAAAGAGGCGGAACAAAAAGAAAAACGCCGAGUUUCGUAUGCUUGACAAAGAACGUCUAAGCGACCUAGAUGCCUUGCAAGUCAAGGUACCCGAAGUAAGCAAGAACCGCGGUGGAAACAUGGAUGUUGGUUCGACCAAGAAAGGUGGUGUAGGAGGAGGAGGAGGAGGAGGAGGAGGAGAAGUAGGUGGAGGGAUGAGUGACCUUGUGAUGGUGAAUAACGAGAAGGGCUCGUUUGGUUUGCCUCAUCUGAUGAAGGCUGCAGCCGAGGUGCUGGGAAACGGUAGCCUUGGUUCAGCUUACAUGGCGGUGAUGGCUAAUGGAUUAUCUGUUGUGGUGAAGAGGAUUAGGGAUAUGAAUAAAUUCGCACCUGAAGCUUUCGAUGUUGAGAUGAGACGGUUGGGGAAACUCCGACACCCUAAUGUUCUUACACCUCUAGCGUAUCAUUAUCGUCGUGAAGAGAAGCUUGUCGUGUCUGAAUACAUGCCUAACAGCAGCUUGCUUUACGUCUUGCACGGUGAUAGUGGGGAAUAUCGUCCGGAGCUAACUUGGGCAACAAGAUUGAAGAUCAUCAAAGGCGUGGCCCAAGGGAUGCAGUACUUGCACCAGGAGUUUGCGUCCUACGAUCUCCCACACGGUAACCUCAAAUCCAGCAACGUUCUGCUCAACGAGAACUACAAACCAGUGAUCAGUGACUACGCAUUCUUACCGUUUCUCGAGCCAAACAUUGCAUCUCAGACAUUGUUUGCUUACAAGACACCAGAAUUUGCGCAGAACCAACAAGUUUCACAUAAAUCAGACGUCUACUGCCUUGGAAUUAUAAUUCUAGAGAUCUUGACAGGGAAAUUUCCUUCUCAAUACGGUAAAGGCGGGACGGAUAUAGUUCAAUGGGUGCAAUCUUCGAUGGCUGCGCAGAAAGGAGAAGAACUUAUCGAUCCGGAGAUAGCAAAGAGUACUGAUUCGAUGCAACAGAUGCUGGAAUUGUUGCGGGUUGGGGCUGCUUGUAUUGCAUGUAAUCCAGAUGCGAGAUUAGACAUAAGGGAAGUUGUUAGAAGAAUAGAACAAGUGAAAACAUAA